AUGGGCCUCCGCUACAACGAAUACCUGAACGGAGAUAGGAUUCUCGUGUGCAAGAGGUGCAAGGCACACAUGGCGGACCAAAAUGAUUUGGUUAGCAGGACUAACAAGCGGGACUCAUCCGCUGCCUCGAAUCUUUGCCAGAAUUUCCGCGGCACCCACGGCCGAGGCCACCUCUUCCGGACGCUCGUCAACGUGCGGGCGGCCCAGCCCGAGACCCGCGACAUGUCGACGGGCAAGCACAUUGUGCGGGACGUGUUCUGCAUGGGCUGCGACGCCGGCGUCGGCUGGGUCUACGACAAGGCGUGGGAGGAGUCGCAGCGCUACAAGGAGGGCAUGUACAUUCUCGAGAUGGAGCUUGUGACGUGCGCUCGGUCCUGA